UUAAUUUUUUAGUCUGAAUUAAAAACACAAAAUGGGAAGUAUAAUUUUUCUGUGCUUGUGCCUUGGAAUGGCGCUAGAAUGCAUCCGGGCGGAUAUGGAUAUAUCCUCGCUCACGGCUCUUCAGAUUCAUAAGAAUAUGAAUAGAUCGGCGGACCCCUGUACAGAUUUUUGGAGCUACGCUUGUGGUGGCUUUGCAAAUGCCUCCGAAUAUGUGGAUAACUUUGAGUGGGUCGAGGACCUGUAUGCCACGUCCAUGAGGGAGUUUCUUGAGAGCCAAGUGGAAGAUUCACAGUCACCACUACUUCUGAAACAAAUGCGAACGUAUUACAAGGCCUGCACUACGGAUACACUUUAUUGGACCUGGGACGACAUCCCAGAACCUUUCAGACACUGGACUUCCAAGCUUGAUAGUUCUCGGGGACAUGGCCUGAACGGAGUGUUCUUUGAUGAACGCGUGGAUGUGGCCACCAAUGACUCUUUGCAGUUGGUUGUUCAGAUUCAAAUGCCCCAACUGAGCACCCGAUACAGUGUGCAACGGGCAUUGGGGAUUAUUAAAAAAUAUCCUUGGGAGCACAAGGAUGAAAUGAUACAACUGGCGGGAAACCUCAGAAGGCUAGAGGAUAAACAUCGCUUGCAGGAACCCAUUGUGCUAACUUGGAGAGUCAAGGAACUGAGUCAGCAAAUACCCCAAGUUCCCUGGACUUCGAUCAUGAGAGAUAUUCUAGGAAUAGAUCCUGGACAGCUGGAUAACUUGCUCUUCGAGGUGAGCGAUGUGGACUAUUUAAGGGAGAUGGGUCAACUCCUGGCCACCACCGAUCCCGGUGCUUUGAAUCAGUACCUGAAACUGCGUCAACUGAUUUUAAUAAAGGAGACGGAACCGCCUAAAAGAAACCCCAAGUCCUGUAUACACCACAUGAGGGCUCUGUUGCCACUGGGAAUGGAGUAUAUUUAUGAUACAUUUUUGUAUAAAAACCGCAAGCAGGACACUCUUAAAUUGCAGGAGAUUUUACGAUCUUUAAAAGCUACUUUUGGCAAAUACUUGAAUGGCAAUCGUUUGGGAGUUACUUUGGAUCAGUUGGACUACUUGAAGGCUAAGCUAAAUGGAAUGAAAAUAAAAAUAGGAAACCUGCCGGAGGAUAUGUCUCCUGAGUUUUAUGACAAUCACUACCACAGUGCUAAUUUCAGUGAGUCCUCGUUUCUGAAGAAUCUCAUUGAAGCCUUAGCCUUAAGAACCCGUCUCCAGCACGAGGGACUCCUGCAGCCAGGAUCUAGGUUGGAUUUAAGGAGGUACUAUGUCAACGACGACGUAGUGAAGGCUCGGACUUCGCCUUUCUAUGAAAACGAGAGGAACACCAUCACUGUGCCCAUGUUGUUCCUCCAAUGGCCACUCUUCGAUCAUCGCCAGCAUUUCAUUUUUCACGGUAGCCUCCUUCAAGGAGUGCUGGGCCACGAGAUGAGUCACGGCUUCGAGCAGGAGGGCAUACUCUUCGAUGCGGCCGGAAAUGAGUCGCCCAUCGGGUUGGAAAUACGGGAAUCCCCGGCCUUCCAGGACGCUCUCAAGUGCGUACAGCAGAAGCCCUUUGUGUCGCUGAAGGAACGCCUAGCAGAUCUUAAUGGCCUACAACUGGCCUAUGAUGGCUUCUUUGACUUGAACCAUGAUUCGCGAAAAUUCGAGUAUCGCCCGUACGCCUUUGAGGCGGAAUUCGCGGCGCCACAACUGUUCUUCCUGAGCUAUGCCCAGUUCUUUUGUGGUCUUCUGCCUCCGGUGAUUGCCCACGAUCGGGAUGAUGAGCGUGUGAACGUGAGCGUUGGAUAUUUGCGUCAAUUCGCCUACGACUUCAAGUGCGAGCCAUCAACCGGACAAUCGCAUCCCAUCUGUGAAAUGUGGCGUCCGCGGGAGGAGUCCAUGUCAGGUUGAUAUUUCAAUUGUUUGGAUGGCCAACAUGAUAAUAAAAAGUAACACAAAAUAAACGUAUAUCGACUCAUGGAUGACUCUUGGAUGAAUUGUUUAUAAAAUAAAUUAUAUUAUUUUGAUUUAAGACUAACUUGACCUUAAAGUAAAAUUGACAAAUACAAGUUGAAAAAGUCAAGGCCCCCUAAUCGAAUGCUUAUCAAAGCCUA